AGGAGGAUGCACGCUGCCUGCUCCUGAGGAGGGAGAGCCUGCGCAUCAGGAUCCAGGAGUCAGCCAAGCCAAGGCACUACCUGGGACCCUGACGGGGGACGUCACAGGGUAGAAACAGACCGGAGGAUCCUCUGCCCCAGAUGAACUGGUAUUUACGGGACCGGCUUGCAGCCUUCCUAAACUGUGUCAGGACCAUCCCAGGGACCGAUGCAGGUCCAUGACGGACCAGUCAUUGAGAAACACUGAGUUAGACCAUCCCUGACAGCUAGAUGCCUCCCUUGUUCACGAAGAGAGCGAUUUGACAGAUUUAACUAGUCGAUGGAAGAAUUUGUCCACUGACCUAGCUACUGCCGCUCAGAAAGGAGGAAGAACCUGUCCUAUCAAUGUAGUAAACGCCUGCACUGACGGGCGCCAGCAGCGGCACAGCUGUAGGUGCUAGCGGCAGUGAAGGAAACACAAGCCUCGCCACACAUAUAAUGAAACAACUGCUCCAAGGUCCAUAUGCAAACAAUGAAUAUUAAACCCACCAAUUUCCCGCUCCUUGGACCAUGCCGUUGAACCGUGCCAGGAAAGUUUGAUUUCAACCGUUGGGAAAUGCUGGUUGUUUCUCCAUGGACCACGUUGAUGGAAAUGAUUUUUUUUCCCGCCAGUUUCAUCAACAUUUUCAGUGGAAACUUUCCACUUCUUCUGCAACCUCCCCACCAAAUCCUCUGACCAAAGCUUUUCCUUUUCGGGUGUGUGGGGGGAGUUUAGUUGGGGGACGAACAUUUCAAACUUUCCCGGGAAAGUGGCUGCUUGCUGCAAAAAAUGUCAUUUGAGUGAAACCCCCAAGCCACCCUUUUGUUAGAAAACUGUCCACCCACCCUGUUUUCGAGCUCAUUUCCGCCUCUUGAGCUAAGAAAGCAACACAGGCUUUUGACAGCUGGCUGCUGUGGACAGCCCCCUCAAAGACCAUUUAUUCUCCGAGCACUGAGAAAAGCAGAGGGGCAGGGAGCUAGACACACGACUGUCUACGCUGGCUCUGCCUGGUGCUCCAGGCUGGGAUUCGCUGCCUGAGUUGGAAUCGCCAUCGAAUCUGAGUCGAGCACCCAACCCUCAAAUUGCAGCUGGGAGAGAAGGUACAAAUUAUUCAGCUAUUCGCCAAAGCCCAUGCAGUGGUCAGAAGUGGAUAUAGUUCAACUGAGACAAUAUUUCCUGAUAGAAGAGGUGUCGGUCAUUUUACCUCAGACACAAGGACGGUGCCUUCACACCCAGCUCCCUGCCUGUCACCUUUGCUGGCUAUGGCUGAGGGGGGAGUAAUCUACACUUAUCUAACCCACCCGGCAGGCUCCCUGCCCAGCGACAGGUCGGCCCCGGAUCAGCAUCACACUUGUCCGCAGUGCCCGCUUUGGCAUCGGAUCGCUCUGCGGGUGGGCUGGGCCGGGAACAUCGUCCUGCUGGGAGCUGUGAUCGCGCUGGCUGUCCUGGUUGGCCAGCGCCCAUCCCAGACUUGCCCGACGGCAGCCGUCCCGCCGACUGCUCAGCAGAGCAAUUCAUGUGAGAUCAAUGAAAACACAACAUGCAACCGUACAUUGGAGGGUUUCCGAUCCUGCCUGAAGCGAAAUUUGUGUGGAGUGGAAAACAGCUCAGCAGAGGGCCCCGGGUGCAAACUCUGCCCCAGGCACUGGGUGCCGCACAGGGACAAGUGCUACUGGCUUUCUAAAGAGAAUCAAUACUGGAGCUGGGGCCGUGAUGACUGCUCACGGAGGAGAUCUCACCUGCUAGUGAUCCAGGACCGGGAGGAGCUGGAGUUCACACAGAAUCUUACAGGAAAUCAAAAUCCGGUGUGGAUUGGACUCAACAUCACCUCCGCAGGGAGGAAGUGGACCUGGGUGGAUGGUUCCCCGUUAAAUCAAACACUGUUCACGGUUUCGGGUCCUGCGGAAGAGAACAGCUGUGCUGCAGUCAAGAAGAGUCAGAUCAAGUCUGAAAUCUGCAACACUCAAUAUAAAUGGAUUUGCCAAAAGGAAGCUGUGCUCAUUUAAAUGGCUGGAUUGGGGACUCUGUCUGCAUAUAUGGAAUGCAGAACAUCCUGGGUUCUCAUCUCUGUUUCAGCUAACAAAGCCUCAGGCAGCAUAAAUCCGGGUAACGCCGAUAAAGUGAAUGGUGCAAUGCUGAUUUACACCCAUUGGAGGUCUGGGCCCAUUGACUCCAAUGGAGUUACGGCCAGUUCACACCAGCUGGGAAUCUGGCCCUUUGAUUAUUUAAAAAAAUAAAUAAAUCUAUAAUUUUUUCCACGGUGCUUCUAAUAUUGUCUUCAGAGUAUUAAAAGAUUCCUGGGACAUUAUUGUAUACGUGAUGGUAACGCCUA